GUCGCUUUUAUUAAGGGAUCACAGUGUCGCUUUUCAGUACACGAACAUGUCGUUUUUCGACAAAAGAAAAACAUCUGCCCCCCUUUUGUCUGUUUCGAGUUUUGUUAUUCACGAUUUGUGAAAGAACCCUAGGGCUCACAUCCGUCUCUGUGUAGUGAUCCCCCGAACAGUAGAGGCCGUUCCCUCAGUCUUCCUGCCUUCGCGAGCAGCAUAGCCAGCCCUCCUUCCGAGCCGAUUUCGGGCCACCUUUUGUUUCUGUGAAAUCUAAGUCAUUUGCUUGGAGUGCUUUUUGGUGUGUGAAGAGGUCACCUGUUCAGCGAAAAUGAACGAGAGAAGCAGGAGCAGAGUACGAUGGGAUGAGGAUAAUUUGGGUGAAAUUGAAGCGAAUAAACCUGUGAGGCAGAAAAUUACUGAGCCUAAGACACCAUAUCACCCCAUGAUUGAUGAUGAUGAAUCUCUAUCUCCUAUACGAGGCAGCUUCAAUGAUUGCAUCGAUGAUGCUGUCGACGCAGAAGCAAUACGAACUGCUCUGAGUGAUGUGGCAUCAUCCAGUAGAAAGAAUCCCCGGGGAUCUGGGGGAUGGACAUCAUCCGAUGAUGAGGCAGAUGCUAUGGAACAAGAUGAUGAAGAUUCAGAAACAGAAAAAAGCAGUAAGACUUUCAGUGAGCACAGAAAAGCUCACUAUGAUGAGUUCUGGAAAGUAAAAGAACACCGGAGGAAGGGUUCUUUUCUGGAAGAUGAAGAUGAUGAUGAUAAUGAGGUGGAUAAGCGGGGGAGAAAUGACUCGUCUUCUUCGUUAACUGCUGGUGUGCAGGAUAUAGACAUCGAAGAAGGUGGGACUUCUGGUUUUCCUCACAAACCCUCUGGACCUCCAGCUAAUGGAGUUUAAUCAAGCCUGGCAAAGUUAAUUUUAACACAGGACUUUUCGCACUUUUUUCUACACAAAUUGUAUGGCUUUUGGGACAAUUCUUGUCCACCCACAUAUGUGUUAUCCGUGUAUAAAUGGUAUUGUUUUGUUCUCGUCUUUCACUUUUUGCCUCAUCAAACAAGGCUUUGUAACAACAAUGCUUUUCCGAAUGCUUUUCGGAAUGCUUAAUGGGUAGUUUGUUUCAGCUA